AUGCGAUCUCUGACUAAAAGAACAAGUAUGGAAUCCCAAGAAAUUUAUAGCGGAUCACAAGAUGUUUUGGACGAGCAAAACCCAUCACUGCAAACUCAUAGUAGCACAGUUUUGGCUAGUCUAAAAGGAAACUUGCCUCGAUCAAAAACCACCAAUAAUGUCAAAUUUGCGGCAGUCAACAAAACCAGCACUGCUCAUUUGCAUGACCCAAAGUCUUCAUCGUUUGUGACUUGCUCUGAUUUGGAAAUGCAAAAAACUCAGCUUCGACAUCGCUCAAACCUUUUAAAUCGGCCUGGCUCUAAAUUGGACCUGACUGGACCUCUUGAAUCAAGGAAUACUAUGCAAAUGAAUAGCUCUCAAAGUAUAACACCUUUAAAACCCAUAGCCCCAAUCACCAGAAAUGCCACUGAUGAAGAUCUAGACAAUCGCAACAAAGCAGCAAAAGAAAUUGAAAAAGUAUUGAAAAAAGCCCAACGAAAAAUCGAUGCUCGCCUCGACAAAGCCGAAGACAAUUUAUUCAAAACUAACCAAAGUCUAUACAAGGCAAAAUCAUCGCAAAAUACUGGAUCAACAUUUUCAAUUUUUGAAGAUGAUGGAUUCAUUAUGAAAUCAGAGGUUGAGCCCGAAACUAAUAAUGAUAUCAUGGCAUUGUCAGCUUCGCAUAUAUUAGAGCCAAUUCGUCUUCCUCCUAUUGGAAGUACCACUACUUUGGCAAAAAAGCGAUACCAAAACACUCUUCAGAGUGCAAAAUCAAAUCAUGAUGCCACAAGUCGUCUUACGGAUCCCUCUCAAUAUCCUCCAGCAUACAAAGCCAAAUUAGAGGUGGUCCGAAAGCAUAGUGAGAUGAACAAACUUUUCAAAUCCAUGGAUAAGUUGUCAACUUCCCGCUCUUCAUCUUUGAAUUUGAGUAUGAGAGAUGCAGAUAUGAUAAAGCGAUUAGCUGAUCCAAUCAUUCUCAAUCUGCAGAUAUAUCCAUUUUUUAGUAAAUCAAAAUCACGAUCAUCAUUGGAUCGGAUAGAUUUUUCAGGAUACCCAGCCGACUUUCAACCAGUAAGCGAAGCAGAAAAAGAAAGACUACGCUUAAAAACAUAUACGCGAGGUGGCAGCCAUAUCGAUUUUUUCUCAAAGACGACUUCUCCCAACUCUAGCAAAUCUGGAAGUCGUAGAGCAUCCAUAGCGAACCAACCCAAAACAAACCCAGGUAGCGAUGCGAUACCAACACAUCCAGUUGAAGUAGAGAUUCUCAAACCAAAAAAAUCAUCCAUGUCUGGAUUCGUGGAGGAUAUGGGUCCACCAAGGCCACCGUAUGAGCAGCCUCUUAAAUUCAAAUCAUAA